AUGGCGGCGAAGAAGCCCAACAGCGAAGGCGUUCUAUCUAGGGUUUCAUCAACAGUAUCCGAAUCUCCAAUCGUCUACAAAGGCAAGCGUGCCGCUUCCGAUGCGGGUUUCGUCGUCAAGAAGCUCCUCAGGAGCACAGGCAAGGCAGCCUGGAUUGCCGGAACAACUUUUUUGAUCCUCGUUCCUGCUCGGCACUCCAUCUUCCGCCGCCCCGCACUAAACCCUAAUUUGAUCGAUGGGAUUAUCAGAUGGAAAUCGAAUUUAUCAUUGUUGAUUAAGAUGAGUAUUGUGAUGGAUGAACACAAUUGGGGAGCUUGCCUCCUUGUUAUCAAUUGCAUAUCUUCCAUGAAAUCUAUGAUGGUUAUUUGUUGUUAAAUUCUUAAAUAUUGUUUGCUUUGGCUUCAGCUUGCUCUAUACUCUUUUAAAUUGUUAAACACAUUGCUUCCAAGUUUGCAAAUGCGAGAUUAUGGUUCUU